GCGGACCCACAGCCAGCCCAGGGGUUUAGUUGAACCCCCUGAAAAUAAAAAAAUUCUACUUACCCCCCUAUUAUAUGUUUUUUUGAACCCCCUGAAAAUUUAGAUUUGCACCCAGACCCCAACUCCUCUCUCUCUCACACAGUCAGAUCUGUCACGCCCUUCUCUCUCUUUUCUGAUUUCUCUCACACGAUACACCACAAUCGCUCCCACCAGACCUCAUCAACGCGCACCACCACGCCGGCCGCCGCUCCACCACCGAUCAGUCCAGCCGUCCCUCUCUCUGGCUCUGCGGUUCUAUAGACUACAGGCACAAUGGACAGCGUAGUUGAUUCUCUAAAUAAUGCCUAUCAAGAUUUUGUUGCUGCAGCCGCAACCGUAUUAGAAGCCAAAGAAAAUGCCAGUGCCCUUAAAACAACAGCAACAGAUACUGCUCUUGAAAACUUCAAACAGAAGUGGGAAUUGUUUAGAGUAGCAUGUGAUCAAGCUGAGGAGUUUGUGGAGUCUGUGAAGCAAAGGAUAGGAUCAGAGUGUCUGGUUGAUGAGGCGACAGGGUAUGUGGGCGGAAAACCAGGACAAGCUACCACUGGUCUUCCACCCAUCAGUGCAGUUCGCUUGGAACAAAUGAGUAAAGCUGUUCGGUGGCUUGUGAUUGAAUUGCAGCAUGGAUCUGGAUCUGGUUCUGCUAAUUCAGCUCUUUCCCAUCCCUCAGCUCCUUUUGAUGCCAGGUUCUCCGAAGAUGCUGCUCAAUAGCAUUACUAUUAAAGUAACUGUUAUGAUUAACGUUCUCUGGGUCAAAUUUGAGUGAACCCUCAAAUUCAUCCCUGAAAGACACAACAUUGGAUAAGCUCGUCCCAGAAAUAAGGAAAUACCUUUAAAACUCCCUGACGUGUUAUUGUCCCUCAAGUUGGUCCCUUUGUCACUUCACAAGCCUCUGUGUGUUAGUUGACCAAAAGUGAUGGAGAGAUCAACUUGAUUGAUAACUGACACAUAUGAGGACUUCUAACAUAUUUCAAUCUUUUAGGGACAAACAUGUUUGAGGUGUAUCUUUCAGGGACGAAUUUGAGCAUUCACUAUUUUUAUAUUUAUCUAUGGUAAUUGUUCCUAGGCUUAGACAUAUUUAUGCAUGUUUAAAUACCAACUUCAGGUUUGCUUAUCAAAAUAAAAAAACCAACUUCAUGUUUAUGGAUGUAACUUAGGGUGCAUUCUGCACGAAACAAUAUUCUGGAGUAGACAUUUGAA